AUGCAGCAUGGCAGGUCUCGUCCGGUUCCGCGAGAUAUUGCACAGCUGGACUCCGCGGAGCUUCGAAUGAUCUGGGAAUACAUAGGAUAUGACCCGCCGCUCAACUACCGCCGGACCCUUGAUCAAUUUGCAUACCCCUCCUUGAGAGACACAUGGGCUCGCGACGAUGAUCAGAUGCUCUACAAGCUAACCAAAGAUCGCGCGUCCACUGGAGUUGACUUGGAACAAUUAGGACUUCAGAGACGACAAACCACAGGGUCGACAUGGAGCCCGAUGAACAAGCUCACGCCUUCGAGCACAGGACUGUUAGAAGAUGAGCUUGAUACAGAUGAUGAAAACCAGGAUCUCGACGAGGUCAUCAAGGAUGGCAAGGUUCUCAUGGUUGAUGAGCUUUGGCUGUGGGCAAUUGAUACGAAAACCUUGACCACAUUCUUCAACAGAAGGGAAUCAAAGCCGAAAGAGGGCCCCCUGUUCCAGCAGGCAGAUCUCAGGAACAGCGUAUACAAUGAGCUCAAUGGCGAUCUUACAGGUCGUUGUGAGAACGCACUGGACCUUGCAGCAUUUAUCGUACUCCAUGCGAUUACUGUUCUGCUCGAUCGAGCUUCCCAUCCUGACCUCGAGAUUUUCAGAAUCUUUGAAGAAGCAAUCAGCAUGCUCACCGAGCGCAUGACUUCUUCUCUGAAGCACUUCCGCAUGCAGACAUUCAAAGACGUAGGCUUCGAGUCCGACUCGGAUAGCAAUCGGCCGGAGUCCAUCAAGAAGCGCCACAAGCGUGAGCUCGAAGAAGCUGAGCGGGAGAACCGUGAAAAUACGUCGGCACUGAUGGAACUCCGCGAUCUAGAAGAUGAACUCAAGUCCCUUGAAAGGCUUUUCGAGACCCAGGACGGCGUAGUCCGAAAUAUGAAGGCCAUCUUUGAGGGAGAAGACCUUAAAAGUAUCACGAGGAACGGACGGAUGUACCUCGAAGAAGCUUUAGCCAAGCUUGAUGAGUACAAGAGCCAGACGCUAGAGAUGCUAAAAAGAGUCGACACGACGAGGAAUGACUACGAGAAACUCUUGGAGAUGGUCCAGCGUAAGGCUCAAGUCGAUGAAGUCCGUUGGUCACGCCUUCAGACCGAGCUAGCCUCUUCGCAGAAUCUCUCGGUCAUGAUUUUCACCACAUUCACCGUCAUUUUCCUCCCCUUGUCCUUCUUUACGAGCUUAUUCGGCAUGAACACAGUCGAAUGGGGUGCUCAGCUUCCGACUAUUGGCUUUAUCGGUGCUGUUUCGCUGCCCCUGUCCGUGUUUAUCAUUGCAGCCGCGCUUGUUGCCGCGUUCAAUAGUCGUGUGCAAGGAUUCGUUCGGACGGGAUACAAGGGUGGUAAAAAGGUCGUUAUGCUUGUGGCAUCCAGCAUCAAGGAGAUUGUACCACGAAAGAAGAGGGAUAAGAGACGCGUGAACAAGGUGGAACGUGAAGAGAGAAGAACGAGGAGGAAAGAUGGUGGGUAUGACUUUUGGAAGAAUGUUAGGAGGGAGAGAGCAAGCGAGUAUCGGAUUCCGGAUGUAAAUCGCAACAAGACGAAAGCAUAA